UGAUAACAAAACGUAAAUUGAAAUCUGUCAUUUAAAUUGUGCAGCAGAUUUUCGUAAGAGGCGUACAUUUUUUACUUUAUUCAGUGUUAAAUAAAAUUAAUUUGUCCACAAAAAUGCUUGCUUUGAUCAAUCGUAUCCUAGAUUGGGUCAAAAGCUUGUUUUGGAAGGAGGAAAUGGAGCUCACAUUGGUCGGACUGCAGUACUCUGGCAAAACAACUUUUGUUAACGUCAUUGCCUCCGGACAGUUCAGUGAAGACAUGAUACCAACUGUUGGCUUUAACAUGCGUAAAAUUACCAAAGGAAAUGUUACUAUUAAGGUGUGGGACAUUGGUGGCCAGCCCAGAUUCCGAUCCAUGUGGGAGCGGUAUUGUAGAGGUGUCAAUGCUAUUGUAUAUAUGGUGGACGCGGCGGACCCGGACAAGAUCGAGGCGUCGCGCAACGAACUGCACAGCCUGUUGGAGAAGCAGCAGCUCACCGGCAUCCCCGUGCUGGUGCUCGGCAACAAGCGCGACCUGCCGCACGCGCUCGACGAGCACGGCCUCAUCGAGCGCAUGAACCUGUCCGCCAUCCAGGACCGCGAGAUCUGCUGCUACUCGAUCUCGUGCAAGGAGAAGGACAACAUCGACAUCACGCUGCAGUGGCUCAUCGCGCACAGUAAGUCGGGCAGCGCGCGUUAAUGUCGCCGCGUGCGCAUGCGCCGCCCGCGACACCACGCGAUGCGUACACGUCUUUUAUUUACCAUCCCAUGCGUCUACACUUUGUUACACAAAACCACCUCACUGAUAAACGUUGUAUACCUCUCUUACAGUAAUUCAGUGUUUUGUCUUGUGUUGAAUGACAUUAAACGUUAGUGAAAAUGAGACAAAACAUUGUAUAACUGUGACAGAGGUAUAAACAUUUGUUGUUGAGGCCUAUAGAGUUCAAAUUUUUAAUCUGUGAAUGAUUAGGACGUCAAUCUGUUUGUCUAUUGUGACAGUUUGUAUAGUUACUGUAGAUGCGGUAGUGGUUUCGAGUGUUUGUCGAUGAUAGGUAAUGGACAUUUUGUUAAAGUAUGACAUCGGUAAAUGUUCUAAAGAAUAAAUAGUUACAUACAUUGGUUACUUUUUUGAAAAAAUCGAUUGUUCAAAUACAAAUUGUCCUAUAACAAAUGACUUUAUUUAUGAUGUAACAAUUGAUAAUCGGCUGUGACAUUUGGAAGCAAUUUUUGGAAUUUACCUUGUCAUAUUAGUAGAGACCGCAACGUGUUUUGGCUAGAUUAAAAAAAAACAACAGUGUUUAAUGGGAAUGAAUGAAUAAAAUACGUUGUAAGUUACGUAUCGCUGUGUACGAGAAGAUAGAUCGCGUUAGGUGUAAAAUUAUUUACGAUUACAAUGAGACCAGGAACAGUUAUCAUAAUGAACUACAAUAAAAAAUGCAUUGCGCUUAACUAACGAAAACAGAAUGUGUCGUGCACAAAGUGUGCUGCUAUUAUGCAGGCUAACGAAUGAAUGUAGAGGUAUUUUGUAAGGCAAACAAUUGUGGUGCAAAUCGAAGCAUAUCGCCAUUUUUGGCAAAUGAUAUAAUAUAUUCAUUAUGUUUUGUUCAUUUGCUCGUUUAUCGACUUUUUGAGCCAACCAGCAACAAAAAGUUAUUUUUGACUACUUAAAUAUGCAAAUAACUGAUAAACGUAGGAAAUAGUAAAUGAUAAAAUGUAAUUUUCUUUGCGUGUAUAUUAUUUGCCAGAUAUGGUUGUAAAUAUGUGGCUUUGAGUCUAAAGUACUGUAAUUAAUUAACGUCAAACUGACAUGUGCUUGUACUAUAAAUAAUCAAACCAACUUUAAUGUAAUUCAUUUUGAUCAAAGUAAAGUCUCAUUAACAUCGUGUUAGCUUGAGUUAUGCACUGUCUAACCGUGUGGCGAUUUUGUCGCGUACAUGAUGACGAACAACCGGUUUUUUUUUAAUUUAUAAAAGUGCCAACCUGUGAUUUGAUUACGUAAUUUAUUUUGAAAAAUUAUUGUUUUGUCGUUUUAAACACGCAAUGGUCAUGUUGAAAGCAAUUUCGCCACACAUUAUAUACGCUCAUGUCCAUAAUAUAGCAACUUUUGAACAAAGUGUGGAUGGUAUAUAUCGUAAAAUAUAUUUUAAUUUUUUUUAUGAUAGCCUUGCUUUUAUAGUUUUUCGAAGCCAACGUCUGUGCAUUUGGUGCUAUAUUCUGGACGUGAUGGAUGUGUUAGAAUAUUUAGAUUCCUUGAUAAUAUUAGUGUUAUAUAUAAUUAUAUAAAUAUAACUAUCUUUUAUUGUUAGCUGCGGAACUUGAGUUUGUUGAAUAUAAAAUACAUUGGAAAAUUAUUUUGUUCAGUAUGCUGUAUGGAAUGUUAGUAAAUUCGCCGAAAAGCUUACGAAUGAUUUGCCUUUCACUUGGUCUUCACAGCUCCACUAAAACUUAAGGGGCCAAGUCGCAAAUUAAUAGUAAUUAGGAUCAAAUUAUACCAACACCGACAGUCAAUACAAACAAUAUACAGAGGUUGAACAAAAUGAGUGUUCCAUUAAAGGUUUUGAAAUAUAUUAUAGAAGUCACUAGAUUUGUAUUAAAAAUAACCGCUUCGACUGCACAUUAAGUUUGUAACAUUAACAUUAUAACAUAGUUGUGAGUAAAUUGUAAAUUCAAUUAUAUGCGCAUAGGCAGACGCGUCGCGGCGUCUCCCUCACUCGAGAUAUCUGUGUUUGUUUAGUAUUAAUAUUUAUUAGUGUAUAGAUUAUAGAUAUAUGUGUGUCAAAUGUUUUCGCAUUUCUUAAUAUUUGUAUCGGUUUACAGGCAACGUGCAGAGAUUACUUACGCUUCUAUUUUCUCACAUGUUUGAAUAGAACUACUUUUAUACGUGUCUCGACUCAUUAAUUUUUACAUUUACUUGUAGACGCACGCAAAGACCGCUUGUGUGGUGAAAUUUUCAUAUGUAUCUAUAUAACAUGGUUUGAGAAUCUGCUGUGGCUGAGUAACAUGUUAUUCAAACUUAUAAACAAUAAAUAAUAAUAUCAGCACUAUAUUAUAUACUGUACCACUGUUGGGCCACGGGCCUGCUCUACUACUCUAUUCUAAACAAUAUGUCGAUAUAUUCAUUCAAUUUCAAUAAUGAGUAACCAUUAUUUUGGCUUUAACGUAAACUGUCAGCGUAUACAGUGUAAAUCAUCACGGUAAUCUGAUUUCAGAACAUUUUGGAGAUUGCAGGACACGGCAAGUAACAUGUAUAUAAAACUUUGAAAUGAUGACGCUAAUGUAAACGCAUCUGGAAGUUCAUACGCAAUGGAUUUCUGCAAGAAUUUGCUAGUCUAAAAUCAUAUUUUUUUACUAUUUUAAGUACUUUGUUUACAUCGUGAUAAAGCGUUAGAAAGGCGUUGCGUGACUGCAACUUUUGCCGAAAAAUACUAUAAUUCGGCAACGUAACUGACAGUUUUAUAUUAUUCUAGUAUUUCUCGAUUAUAAAUUGACAGGUUUUACGCGGCGCAUUAAUAAUCGUCAGUAUAAAACUAAUUGUUAUAUGGCAUGGUAUUGUGUACCCCUCGUUUUCUCUAUCCUGCAAUAAUUCACUCUUGUGCAUUCAAAUCAUAAUUGGCAAGAUAUCCGCCGAUAUUCGUAACUGAAGAUACAUUUUAAAGAUCAUUUAUAUGUAGAUAAGUUUUAAAAAAUAUAUAUAUUAUGCUAUAAUUAUUGCAUUCCAAAGAUUCGAAAAUAUUUGACGCAUGUAUUUGAUGAAUACAUGUUUUUUUAUAAAGGUGCAUAUACAUAUUAUUGUGUCUGUAACAUAAUCUUGUCGAUGUAGAAAUAAAAUUUAGAAAAGAGGUGGAAAUUAUGUGAAUUUGAUAGUGUAUAAUUUUCAUUAGCCUUAACACUACAGUCAAGUUGCUCACAGUUAUAAUAGCGGUUUUAUAAGAGUUUAGCGUCUUAUAAGAAAAUAUAAUAAUGUGUUAAUACAAAUAAAUAAAGGCCUUAAUUUCAAAAUAGUAUAAAGUUAUCAAGAAUUAUACAACUAUCGGAGAAGUUAAUAGAUGGAAUCAUGACUCUUUAUUUGGCAAUAACUUGCGACAGAAUACGAUUUAAAAUGUAAUUAAAUUUAAUUAUAAAAGAGAUAUAAUAUUAAAUGAUUGUAAUAUUCAAAUUUGUUCAGCAUGGCCAUGAUUACAAACCCCAAAUGUAAUUCAUGUCUAUAUUGUGGAUCAAGAUAUGCUUGUUUACGGUACUUCACCAACCUUUAGCUAGCGGGUGCUAACUUAAACAACCGUGAAGUUUGUUCAUCAAUGGAACACUUACAUACCGAUAAGGGCCAUUGUCGCCAUUGUUGUUGAUGCUAUUGCCAUUAUGCAUUCAAAUAUUUUUAUUGCACGUCAUGAUUUAAGACUAUAAAUUAUAAUGUAUGUAAAUAAAUUGUUAUCAAAGAUUUGCAAAUCAUGGCAACAACUACCAAUAGAUUAAUAACGUGUAAAUGUAACAAAACCAGAACUGUUACAUUAAACAUUUUGGGUGAAAUUACCAGAAAAUAUGUAAGUCGUAUUUAUAAUAUUCAUUUUUAAAGCUUUCCGCGUAGCUGUUGAGAAGGUUAAGUGAAUUUCCUUAUAAUAUUAACGCCUGAGUAUCAGUAUCUUACCACAUGGUAUCGUGGAUUUUGAUCAAAAUAUGUGUAUUAUAAAAACGUUAAAAUUUCAACAAAUCUCUCUUGCUAGUUUGUACUCUGUUUUUAAUGAGAAAAUAAACAACUUAAGGGCUG